AUGACUGACUCAAAGUAUUUUACUACUACGAAAAAGGGGGAGAUAUUCGAACUUAAGUCGGAGCUCAACAGUGACAAGAAGGAGAAAAAAAAAGAAGCUGUUAAGAAGGUCAUAGCGUCCAUGACAGUCGGCAAAGAUGUGUCUGCACUAUUUCCAGAUGUAGUAAAUUGUAUGCAGACGGAUAAUUUGGAACUUAAGAAGCUAGUCUACUUAUAUCUUAUGAAUUAUGCAAAAUCACAGCCAGACAUGGCUAUUAUGGCUGUCAAUACAUUUGUCAAGGAUUGUGAAGAUUCCAACCCACUGAUUCGGGCUUUGGCUGUGCGUACUAUGGGAUGCAUUCGGGUGGACAAGAUCACUGAGUACCUAUGUGAGCCGCUGCGGAAAUGUUUGAAGGACGAAGAUCCCUAUGUGCGAAAGACUGCAGCCGUUUGCGUCGCUAAGUUGUAUGACAUAUCGCCCAGUAUGGUUGAAGAUCAGGGUUUCUUAGACCAGCUAAAGGACUUAUUAAGUGAUUCCAAUCCCAUGGUCGUGGCAAAUGCAGUCGCAGCUCUCUCAGAGAUCAAUGAGGCCAGUGUAUCUGGCCAUCCUCUAGUAGAAAUGAACGCACCAACCAUAAACAAGCUAUUGACAGCGUUGAAUGAGUGCACGGAGUGGGGUCAAGUGUUCAUAUUGGACGCAUUGUCUAACUACUGUCCGAGGGAUUCCCGCGAGGCUCAUUCCAUCUGCGAGCGGAUUACUCCACGUCUGGCACACGCCAAUGCUGCCGUAGUUCUUUCAGCCGUGAAGGUACUGAUGAAAUUAAUGGAAAUGUUAUCCGACGAGACGGAAUUAGUGAGCACGUUGUCGCGUAAGCUGGCCCCACCUCUGGUAACAUUGCUCAGUGCUGAACCCGAAGUGCAGUACGUGGCUCUCCGGAAUAUCAACUUGGUGGUACAGAAGAGACCUGAAAUAUUGAAGCACGAAAUGAAGGUAUUCUUCGUGAAAUACAACGACCCGAUCUAUGUGAAACUUGAGAAACUGGACAUCAUGAUUCGUCUCGCGUCGCAGGCCAACAUCGCACAAGUCCUAGGCGAGCUUAAGGAGUAUGCUACUGAGGUGGAUGUGGAUUUCGUGAGAAAAGCCGUUAGAGCUAUCGGCAGAUGUGCAAUUAAGGUGGAGCCAUCAGCCGAACGCUGUGUAUCGACGCUGUUGGAACUAAUUCAGACAAAGGUCAAUUACGUGGUUCAAGAAGCGAUUGUGGUGAUAAAAGAUAUAUUCAGAAAGUACCCCAACAAGUAUGAGAGCAUUAUCAGCACGCUCUGUGAGAAUUUGGACACCCUGGACGAACCUGAAGCUAGAGCUUCCAUGGUUUGGAUCGUUGGAGAGUACGCAGAGCGUAUUGAUAACGCGGACGAGUUAUUGGAUUCAUUCCUCGAGGGAUUCCACGAUGAAAAUGCACAGGUACAACUCCAACUGUUGACGGCUGUCGUGAAACUGUUCCUAAAGCGGCCAGCUGACACCCAAGAGUUAGUACAGCACGUGCUCAGUCUGGCGACUCAGGACUCUGAUAACCCCGACCUAAGAGACCGUGGGUUUAUCUACUGGCGAUUGUUGUCCACGGACCCAGCUGCAGCCAAAGAAGUCGUGCUCGCUGACAAACCUCUCAUCUCUGAGGAGACUGACCUGCUGGAACCCACGCUGCUUGAUGAGCUUAUUUGCCACAUUAGUUCCCUGGCUUCCGUUUAUCAUAAGCCACCGACUGCUUUCGUUGAAGGUCGCGCAGCAGGCGUGCGAAAAUCUCUUCCCGCCCGCGGUGUUGGUGGAGUAGAAGAUUCUCUACCGCAACCUACUGUUAUACCCAACCAGGAAUCUUUGAUCGGCGACCUUCUAUCAAUGGAUAUUGGUGGUUCAAGCGCGACGAACGCGGCUGGAGGAGCAGCGGCACCUCCACCAGCUUCAAACCUAGAUCUACUUGCUGGUGGACUUGAUGUUCUCCUGGGAGGCACAGAACCAACACCUGCCCCGAGUACAACUGGCCUUUUGGGAGAUAUCUUUGGUGUGGCCGCACCACCGGCUUCCUUUGUUCCAAUAAAACAAUGCUGGCUACCCGCUGAUAAGGGAAAAGGUUUGGAGAUCUGGGGAACCUUCAGUCGUCAAGGCGGCCAGCCACGUAUGGAGAUGACAUUAACAAACAAGGCCAUGCAGCCGAUGACUGGGUUUGCUAUACAACUCAACAAGAACAGUUUUGGAGUGUACCCCGCGGGUGCGCUGUCAGUGGGCGCGGUCGGUGCCGGCGCGCGCGCAGACGCUCCGUUGCCCUUAGCAACCGGUGGACCUGUUCAAAGGAUGGACCCACUUAACAACCUACAGGUAGCCGUCAAGAACAACAUCGACGUAUUCUACUUCGCUUGCUUGAUCCCAGCACAUGUGCUCUUCACCGAAGACGGACAAUUGGACAAACGCGUCUUCUUAACCACCUGGAAGGAAAUCCCCGCUGCGAACGAAGUGCAACAUACCAUUAGCGGCGUCGUCGGAACAGCUGACACCAUCGCCCACAAGAUGUCGCUGAACAACAUUUUCACAAUCGCCAAAAGAAACGUCGAAGGCCAAGACAUGCUCUACCAGUCUCUCAAGCUCACCAACAACAUCUGGGUCUUGCUGGAGCUUAAGUUGCAGCCGGGCAACCCCGAAGCGACGCUCAGCCUCAAGUCGCGCACAGUGGAAGUGGCGACGUGCGUGUUCCAAGCUUACGAGGCCAUACUGAAGUCGUAA